AUGUUUGAGUCAGUCUGGGUUGUGGCAACAGUGUUGGUGACAGUUCGGUUCACUACAGGGGUACCUGCCUGCAGCCAGAACGAAGACGUUUGUAAAUUCACUCUAGUCAUCGAGGCGAAGCUGACCAUGAUGUGGGGAAAGGAGCUUACUUAUCCUCAUAACGGAAGCUUGUAUAAGUAUGACGUUGUAGACCCAGCCAAUGCCACUCCGGUGCCGACUGAAGAGGUCAUCCAAGCCGAUGGGUGGGAAAGUCCAAGAUUGGUGUUGGUGUUUAACGGAUCUCUACCAGGCCCUGCUAUUGAGGUAUACGAGCACCAGACUGUCAUGGUGCAUGUCGUCAAUAAACUACAUAACGACGGGGUUACCGUUCAUUGGCACGGGGUCCACCAAGUAGGGACCCCUUUCAUGGAUGGCGUUGCUUUUGUGUCACAGUGUCCAAUUUUACCUGGGGAAAAGUUCACUUACUUGUUUGAGGCUUCCCCGAAGGGCACCCUGUGGUACCACUCUCACAUGGGAAGCCAGCGCACAAUGGGGCUAUAUGGACCUCUUAUUGUCCACGAGCGACAUCCCACGGAACCGAAAUACGAAGAGCUGAUAUGGACGGUCAGUGAUUGGAACCACGAGUACGAUUCUGAAGUAGGCUUUUACAAAAUGGUCUAUGGUAUAUACGAAGGACGUACUAAGUACCAGGGUACUCGGUCCCUGGAUGGGUCGUUCUUUAGCUGGUUUCAGUACCACUCAGGACUCCUGAAUGGCAGAGGCCGGUUUUAUGACCCACAGACUGGCACCCAUAAUGACGCUCCUUUGACCAGUUUUACAGUGGUCCAAGGGCGAAUGUAUCGGGUACGGCUUAUAAAUGCGGGAGGACUAUUCCCGUUCAGGAUUUCCAUUGACGGCCAUUUGAUUUCGAUCAUAGCCUCAGACGGAUAUUACCUGGAACCAGUGCUGGCCGAAUCCAUUAUAAUAAACCCAGGUGAGAGGUUUGACUUUAUUAUCGUUGCUAACCAGUCAGUAGGAAAUUACUGGAUACGGGGAGUUACCCUUGAAGCAGGAUAUAACCACACACUGGAGGGCAUUCUCCACUACAAAGGAGCUUCGGAUCAUGGAGACCCUGUGACACACCGACACAAUUGUACCUCUAGUCAGCCAUGUGUGGUUGUCAACUGCCCAUUCAGUUCAUACCCGAAAGAAAAAAAUACAGUGUGUAUUUCCUUCGAUCAGCUUAAAUCCAGUGACGUCGUCGACACACCACUGGUAGAGAAAGACUCCUUCGAGGAGAAGUUCUUGAACUUUGCAUUUCCGGGUUAUAGAUGGACGCCUGGCUCUAUUAACGGUAGGGCGUUUGAACAGCCAACUGUGACCGCCAUAUCUGGCCAAAAAGCUACGGACACCUCAUGCCAAAUGGAGGAAUGUGGCGAGGAAAAGAUCUGCAAAUGCACGUGGGCUCUUCAACUGACCCACGGUAAAACGUACCAAUUUGUUUUUCUCAACAUGGGUAAAGGAAAAGGGUGGUCUCAUCCGAUUCACAUGCACGGACACUCGUUUUACGUUCUGAAGAUGGGCUAUGGGCGUUAUGAUCAAAUUACGGGAAUGCAAAUCGGAGACAAUCUGGAUGUGGACUGUCGUGGCAAUGCCGACCGACAGAAAAGUUUCUGCAACAAUGCCACGUGGCAGUACCCCGCGUGGCUGAAUGGAAAUGUCCCGGGCCUGGAAAUAUCCCGACCUCCUCGCAAGGACACUCUCAUUGUACCUACAGGAGGAUACGCUGUUGUGAGAAUAAGGGCAGACAACCCAGGUCUAUGGAUGAUGCAUUGCCACAUCCAAACUCAUAAUCUUGACGGAAUGGCUAUGAUCCUUAACGAAUCCUUUAGUCAGAUAUCUGAACUUCACGGACAAUUUCCUCCCUGCAGUGCCUAUGAAUAUUUUAAUGAUGAUGAGGUGAAUGAAUUGGACCAAGUGGACACCAGAGAAAAUUCUGGCGUAUCUCAAACAGUGACGUCGUUAUGUACAGAAUACAUAUUUGUCUGUGUCAAGUGGGUGUACAAUGUACUCCAUGCUAUUCACUAUGUCUGCAGCAAUUGUUAUUCCUUUGGAAUUUUCUGGGCUGUUGUGGGCUGUCUUAUCUGUGUGUCGGUAUUUCUACUCACCAUACUUGCGGUUUAUGUGUACUUGGACCAAAAGCGACGAGAAAAUCCUUACGCGGAGGCGAGGAGACCCCGCAGAUUCCCACUAGACACACAUCUGCAACAAUUAGACAAGGACCAUAAUGGGCUGAAUUGCCAUAUGAGCAUGUACGAUAACGGGACCCAAAAUGGACUAAGUCGUAGUAACGGGGUUCGGCCUGGCCGAAGUCUAAACGGCAACCACGUUCAUCAGGUAUGA